GGUCACUUCGAUCGACCUGUUGUGGCUUCAGUGCUCCGUACAGAAAGUGAUCGUGUACCACAUGUUCUUGUCAGCCAGGCAAGCACAGAUUUGCGUAGAACACGUUCCGAGAGCGAAUUGUUGCCGAAAGCACUAGAUUCCAUAUCAGUAUGUUCGUCGGUGUCGGGUGUUAUAGAAGAUGAAAUAAUUUCAGUCUACACUAUGAGCUCUCUUGGAAGUGAGCCAACCAACGAACAUGUGGUGCCAUCAAUUGAUGACAUUGUUGAUCAUAAUGGUACUCUCACUCCGGGUAUACUCACCCCGCGUGCGAAGGACGACACCUUAACGCCGGGAAUGACAAUGGCAAAUGUGGAAAAAGAAAUGGAGGCAGCUGCGCUUUUACCACCAACUACACUGGGAGGUCAAAUGGUACGUUACAUGAUAUCGAAUAAAGGCAAAGGAGUUUUUCAGGCUGAAAGCAUAAGUUCCAUUGCUUCAUCCUUCUCACUUGCAACAGAGGAUGGCGCCGAAGACGAGGGUGGUCUCAAUCGCAAUCGACCAGCUAGCACGAGGAAGCAACGCCUUCAUGUUGCUUUACAAGCAAGUAAGCGUAAGGUGCUGGACCUGAUGCAAAAGCGUCGUCCUGUAACCCCGUCAGCCGGCUCUGAUAACGUCGAAAUGGGUGCGGACGCUGGAGAUUUGGAGGGUCCCGCUGACCCUGACAGGGAGUCUCCUCUACCAUCAACUGGAAAACGCAGUCCAGUUGAAAUGCAAGUUGUAGAUAAGAAGGAAAAGCGGAAGAAAAGUAAAAACCGGUCUCCAAGUAUUCGUCAAGCACAGCCAAGUCAGGGCGUGCAAGACUCGCCAACGUCAUCUCUUGGUUUUGCUCGAUCGAAAACGACCAAAUCGGUUCAUUUCCGUGAGAAUGUUCUUUGGGGCCAAUCCCUUCACUACGAAUUGGACGGAACUUCUUCAUCUUCUCCAACCAAAGCAUCAUGUAAAUACUUGAACGUCACCAUCCAUGCAAAGGAAGCUCCCGUAACGACACCGACUGCUCCCUCCGACUCACCACCAAGCGGUACCCAACCUGCACCAAUAGCAGAACUGGAACCACCAAAGCCAAUUCUUCUAGGCUACACCUCACUUUAUGUUCCACAAAUACUUGAUGAUUGUCAAAUGACGUUAUCGAACUGCCAUCGUGAAGUGUAUCAACUGAAACCUCCAACAGGGAUUCAAUCCAUCAAUGAACCCUUGUCGUCCGAGUUUUCUCGUCAUGCCGGUCACGAUCCUCGCCUAUGCUACGGUGAUGUUACACUUGGUUUCCGCUUUUUCCCUGGAGGAUUACCGGCAGGUGCUGGAGUUGUGGGAACUGAAGAGAGUGAUGAAGAACUACGGGUUGAAGAAACACUGGAAGGCGCAAAAUCUGGCGUGGUCCCUUCAGCAAUGGUAAAUCCACCAAACCCACAUGAGUGGAAGCCUUGGAGCAGUAAAACUGGUAGUGCGAUAUGUUCGAUGUGCCGAGGGAAGAUUUGGUUGAAAAGUGCCAGUUGCUGCCAACGAUGCCUUGUUAUCUGUCAUCAUAAAUGUGUUGAAAGAGCCGCAACCGGGAUAGCCUGUACGCCUCAUGCGAUCGCUCAAGCGGAUGCCCAAUUCGCCGAGCUUGAUGUCGAUGCGGGUGACCAAAAAGCUGAAUGUCCAACGAGCGUAAUUUCCGCAACUCCGCAGACAACACAGCCUCCUGCGACAGCAAAAGCCGAGGAUGUUGAGCUCACAUCACGUCGCGUAAGGCUCCGAAAUAAAGUGACAGAAAAGUUCUCGUCAUGGAGACGAGGUGCAAAGCCAGCGGCGAAGUUAGACCUGGAUGGUCAUCGUGAUUCACGGGCUUCUGAAUCAUCAGCAGGCACUGCUUUGGAAGGUGAAGAGAUGCUGAGUCCGAUGGCUAGCAUACAAGACUGCCUGGCAGAUGUGCUGCCAACAUUGGAUGGAUCUCCGUUUAUUCGAAGUUUAUAUUUUCAACCUGGUAAUGCCUAUAAUGAACAGACUAUAAGUCACGCGAAGGUGCUUGGAAGAGAGAUCUUUUCCAAUCUGAAAGGAGAAGAACGAAGGGCUAAAAUUAAUGAGCAGAUUGAUCGAAUUCAACUUGCAAUAAGAGAGACGAAAGAUGGAAGAUUAGAAGCCAUGAAGAAGGAAGGAACGGAUGGGAAGUCUGGUGCAACGUUUGAGGGGCUAGACGAACGUCUUCAGGCCUUGGCAGUACUUAUGCUUCAUUACUGUGCAGCUCUUCAGGUUAGCUACUUUGAAUAG